AUGUCUGAAGCCACGAAACCUCAAGCCAAGGACCUCUACAAUGAGGCCGAUCUUCCUCAGUUUGAACCUAUGCCUUGGUCUUUGAAGGAAAUAAGGGACGCCCUUCCUGCUCGCUUGUUCAAACGUGAUACCGCUCUUGGUCUUCGUUACCUUGCCGUCGAUCUGAUAAUGACGACGGCUCUCUGGACUGCCGCCACUUACAUCGAUCCAUACUUCGCCAAGGCCGAAGUUAUUGAGAAAUUUUCUCCCAUUGGCGCUGAAGUCGCUCGAUGGGCUUCUUGGAGUGUCUACUGGUGGUUCCAAGGUUUAGUCUUCACUGGUAUUUGGGUUAUUGGACACGAGUGUGGUCACGGAGCGUUCUCUGAGAAUCAAUGGGUUAAUGACAUUAUUGGAUUUGUCACACACACCUUCCUCUGGACUCCGUUCUUCAGUUGGAGAAUCUCGCAUCAUCGCCACCACAGUAACCACGCUUCGAUGGAAAGAGAUGAGGUCUAUGUUCCCAAAACUCGCAGCGAUCUGGGAAUACCUCCCGAGAAGGCAGAAUGGGAGCCUCUGGACUGGGACGAACUUUUUGGUGACACUCCUAUCUACACUCUUUACAUGCUCGUUAGGCAACAGUUCCUCGCUUUCCCCGCAUAUUUGCUUUGGAACGUUUCUGGCCAAAAGCACUACCCAAAGUGGACGAAUCACUUUGACCCGAACUCGGUACUUUUCACCAAGAGUCAACGUGGUAUUGUCAUGAUUUCCAACGCCGGUAUCGCGUUCAUGAUCUGGGGUGUCUGGAAGUCUUGCCAGAUAUGGGGUGCAGCCGACACCUUCAAGUACUACGGUCUUCCUUGGUUCCUCGUUACUCAUUGGUUCAUCAUGAUCACGUACCUUCACCACACCGACCCCAUCAUGCCUCAUUACCGCGGUAAAGAGUGGAACUUCCAGCGCGGCGCUGCUGCGACCGUCGAUAGGCCUUUCCUCGGCUGGCAAGGACGUUUCUUCUUGCAUGACGUCGCCCACUUCCAUGUGAUUCACCACUUCUUCCCGAAAAUGCCUUUCUACCACGGUCCAGAAGCCACAGACUAUCUCAAGGCUUUCAUUGGUGAACACUACAACUACUCGGACAAGCCUGUUUUCAAAGCUCUCUGGGAUAACUACAAUGACUGCCAAUUCGUCGAGGACGAGGGUGAUGUUGUGUUUUACCGUGACAAGGAAGGGAAAUCAAUCCGCCGCCCCGCCGACGCGUAUUUCUUGGGAAAGAAAUCGACCAAGGUCGAGUGA